AUGUACGAGACGAGUACCCCGGGACAAUACUAUCACAUCCAUGAGUCUUUGGAUCCCGAGCCGACGCUCAAGUUCUUGGGUCUCACCUCGGAGGAAGAGCUCAAGGAAUGGAGGAGCCUCGAAGACUGGAGGGAGGUUGUCAAGGUCAUUGCACCACGAGUCAAAGAACACUCUCGCGAACACAUGGACUCUCUCAACAACAACAAAACAAAACAAGCAGGGACUAUGGUGCUGAGACAUAAAGAGUUCGUGUUGACGGAACAUGGAAAAGCAGAACAGCAGUCUCUAAACUGGACAGUGAAGAAGAUGGAACUAGGCCCGGGAGAGAUCCGAAAGAUCCAAGAGGCGAGCCCUUCCAAGUGGCCAAAGUUUAAGGACGACGGCAAGCGGCGGCCGCUCAAGGGAAUCAAGGUCCCCGAACUCUGUCGCAUCAUUGCUGGCCCUACCAUCGGUCGGAUUCUUGAUGAAUACGGAGCCCAAGUAAUGAAGGUGACCGGCCCCGAGACGUCCGACGUGCCCUUCUUCCAAGUCGAUGUCAAUAUGGGCAAACACACAAUCAUGCUGGACCUCAAGACGGAAGAGGGCAAAAAGGAAUUCGAUGGACUUUUGGCAGAGGCCGACAUCGUGCUGGAUGGUUACCGACCAGGCGCCAUCGAGGCCCGCGGAUAUGGGCCAGUGGGUCUUGAGAAGCUGGGCCGACACAGAAAGCAAGGAGGCUACGUGUACGUGGCCGAGAACUGUUACGGACAUGUGGGCGUGUGGAAAAGCCGUCCAGGCUGGCAGCAGAUUGCCGACUGCUUCAGCGGCGUGGCAUGGGCUCAGGGAGAGUUCAUGCGUCCAGACGGAGCCAAGGACGGAGCCAACAGGGUCGAGCCUAUCGUACCUCCCUUUCCAAUGUCCGACUAUGGAACCGGCUGCAUGGGCGCCAUUGCGGCCAUGGUAGGGCUUUAUCAUCGAGCCAAGUCUGGUGGCACUUGGCGAGGGCAGACAUCUCUACUGCAAUACGACCUGCUCCUCUUCCGCUGUGAACAAUACCCCAAAGAAUUCCAGGACCAGAUUCGCAAGUCCUUGGGCUAUGAUAAACCUCGCACAAAACCAAAAGAUGGUACCCGGCCGGAAAUACCUGAUUUCUGGGACCUCAAGCAUGACAACAGCGUGGACCAAGUUUCCGGCGCGGCAUACAGGCUCAUGGAAGAGCAUUUCCCCGCUUAUUUCAAGAACAAAACACUCCUCCAAGAUUGGAACGCUCCGUACUUCACGGCACCCGGGGAAUCAAAGGUUCCCGUGCUGCGUGCCGUUGUACCGGUCGUGAAAAUUGAGGGAUUCAUUGUGGCCCAUCAGAGAGCAUCGCGCCCGGACAUGAUAGUGAAGGCGGAUCGCAAAGCAACCUGGUAUGAUGCUGACUGGGAGGAGGAAGAACCCCGGACUUCUUAG